AUGCAAUAUGCACAGAGGGCUAGGCGAACGUGUCCUACUACGUCCAGAAAUGAGUCUCCUGUGAUCUUGCUGAGUAUUCACGCUGACGAAGCAUCACGUCCAUUUCGCGCAUUGAUGGACUCGGGCUUACAGCACAAUUUUUUCCGCGCCAAAAGUUUACUUGUUCUCCCGUCGCGGUUGCGUGUCCCCGAGGAUUCAGGGGAGAUUGUCGUCAAGUGUGCGGACGUAAAGCCCCGCACGCACUGGCAUCCUUCAUUGGUGCUUCCUUACCGGUUUGAUGCAUUCAAAAGCAGUUGA